UGAGAAUUGGAAGGUUGAUGGCGAGAGAAUAGAGAGAGAUGGAGAAUUUGAAACUGGGGAUGUUGGAUCAGUUGGAUGGUUUCUUGACGAAAAACCAUCAGAAGACUCUGAAAUCUCUGUUCCGGCGGAGCAGCAGCACCAAGUCCAGCGGCGAAGAUGACUCCCCUUCCUCCGCCUCCGAUUCUCCCAAGCCCAUUCCUCACCUCUCUCCUUUCGCCAAUUCCGUCGUCUCUCGCUGUUCCAAGAUUCUUCGCAUCCCUACUGAAGAAUUACAGCAUCAUUUUGACACACAGCUACCUGAAAGUGUAAAGGAGCUUCUGACUUAUGCUAGGAACUUUUUGGAAUUUUGCUCAUACCAAGCACUCCAUGUAGUGAGUGGUCGCCCAGAUUAUUUGAGUGAUAAGGAGUUUCGUCACCUGACAUUUGACAUGAUGCUUGCAUGGGAAUCCCCCUGUGCUGAGAAUAAUAAAGAACUAAACAAAGAAACUGCUUCUAGCAGUAACCUAGAAGUAGAGGAUGAUGAUGGUUGGUCGCUAUUUUAUUCAAGUUCUACGAAUAUGGCUGUCCAGGUUGAUGACAAAAAAACUGUUGGGCCCGAAGCCUUUGCGCGAAUAGCUCCUGGUUGUGCUGCUGUUGCAGAUAUAAUAACUGUCCACAACCUCUAUGAUUCACUCACAAGCACAUCAGGCCAUCAUCGACUUCAUUUCCUUGUAUAUGACAAAUACAUACGAAGCCUGGACAAGGUCAUUAAGGCUUCAAAAAGUACAUUGGCUUCUUCCAUUGGAAAUCUUCAGCUCGCUGAGGGAGAAAUCAUCCUUGAUGUUGAUGGUACAGUUCCCACUCAACCAGUGCUCAAGCAUAUUGGCAGGUCUAUGUGGCCUGGACGGCUGUCACUGACCAAUAGUGCGCUGUAUUUUGAAUCAUUGGGAGUUGGUUUGUAUGACAAAGCGGUUAGAUAUGAUCUGGCAACAGAUAUGAAGCAGGUCAUAAAACCAGAAAUGACUGGACCAUUGGGUACUCGUCUUUUUGAUAAAGCCAUCAUGUACAAAUCAACGUCUGUAGAAGAGCCGGUUCAUUUGGAGUUUCCUGAGUUUAAAGGCAAUUCUCGCCGAGACUAUUGGUUGGAUAUUUGUCUUGAAAUCUUGCGUGCUCACAGGUUCAUUCAGAAAAACAACCUAAAAGAAAUUCAAAAAUCAGAAGUACUGGCAAGGGCUAUUUUAGGCAUCUGGCGAUAUCGUGCAGUUCGAGAAGCCUUCCACUUCUUUUCAUCCCAUUAUAAAACCUUACUUGCUUUCAACCUUGCUGAAAGUCUUCCUGGAGGAGACUCGAUUUUGAAAACAUUGUCUAGUCGAUUGGUUAUUUUAAAUUCCAGUGCUUCCCAACACGAUGUUUCUCCACAUUCAAAACGGCAGUCAAAAUUGUCUCCAAUUUCACUUAUAGCAAUAACUCAACUUGGAUUCAUAUUGCAAAAGGAAGUCAACCUUGAUGGAGAGGUAAUAAUAGUUGGAGAGGUUUGUGCUGGUGAAAGUAACCCCUUGGAAAUGGUAGUCAAACAAUCAUUAUUGGACACUGGAAGGGCUGAAGCUGCACAGGCAACUGUGGACCAGGUGAAAGUGGAUGGGAUUGAUACAAAUGUUGCAAUAAUGAAGGAGUUACUGUUUCCGGUUAUUGUAUUAGCUAAUCAUGUUCAACGUUUGGCAUCAUGGGAAAAGCCUUACAAGUCAACAGUGUUUCUGGUGUUGAUCUGCUUCUCUAUAAUAAGGGGUUGGUUCAGUUACGUAUUGCCCUCUGUUUGUGUAUGCGUUGCAGUCGUCAUGCUCUGGUGCAGGCAUUUCAACAGAGGUAAACCGUUGGAACCAUUCAGGAUAACACCUCCCCAUAACAAUGCAGUAGAACAGCUACUGUCAUUACAAGAAGCUAUCACUCAAGUGGAAGCGUUACUUCGAGCUGGGAAUAUUAUCCUAUUGAAGAUAAGAGCCCUCCUUUUUGCAGUUCUUCCUCAGGCAACAGACAAGAUUGUUAUACUGCUGGUUUUCAUGGCGGCAACGUUUGCAUUUGUGCCUCUGAGGUAUAUAAUCCUGCUAGUAUUUCUGGAGGCUUUUACAAGGGAAAUGCCAUAUAGGAAAGAAAGUAGUGACAAGUGGGUGAGGCGGAUUAGAGAAUGGUGGGUUCGCAUACCAGCAGCUCCUGUCCAACUCAUCAAACCUGAGGAUAACAAGAAAAAGAAAUCAUAACCCUGUCCAGUGUUAUCUUUUUACGGAUUUAGAUUCCAGAACAUUAGUACCGGUACAGGUCCUGUAUCUAAAGAGUUAGUUUCUCCAGAAAUUCUAUUUACCUUGUUUGGAAAAUCUUUCCAUGCAGGUAGAUACAUUUUUACUCAUUAGCUUGUUCAUAAAUAGAAGUUUUCUUAUUUUUCAAACA